AAAUCCAUAACCUUAAUGUCGUCUUUCUGGUCCUGUGUCCACACACGAGAUGGCGGAUUUUGAGGACGGGACAGAGGAGGUUACGACCAUUCAAGCGACAGUGGUCGAGGCCCCUGAGCUGCCAGAGAUCAAACUCUUCGGGAAAUGGUCACUUGAUGAUGUGCAGCUCAGUGACAUGUCCCUCCAGGACUAUAUUGCUGUUAAGAAAUACCAUGCCAAGUACCUGCCCCACUCUGCUGGCCGGUAUGCUGCCAAACGUUUCCGCAAGGCCCAAUGCCCCAUUGUUGAACGUCUCACCAACUCCCUCAUGAUGCACGGACGUAAUAAUGGCAAGAAGCUCUUGGCUGUUCGUAUUGUGAAGCAUUCUUUCGAGAUCAUUCAUCUCCUUACUGGCGAGAACCCAGUACAGGUUGUAGUUAAUGCCAUCAUCAACUCGGGGCCCCGUGAGGACUCUACUCGUAUUGGUCGUGCUGGUACAGUGAGGAGGCAGGCUGUGGAUGUGUCCCCUCUUCGUCGUGUCAACCAGGCUAUCUGGCUGCUGACCACGGGUGCCCGCGAGGCAGCGUUCCGUAACAUUAAGACCAUUGCCGAGUGCCUCGCUGAUGAGCUGAUCAAUGCUGCCAAGGGAUCUUCUAACAGCUAUGCCAUCAAGAAGAAGGAUGAGCUGGAACGUGUUGCCAAGUCCAACCGUUAAAGUGAAAAUAAAUAUUGUACUAGC